AUGUUGGAUAUUGAGUUCAAUGCAGAACAAAUCAGACAUAUAGUAAAAAAGGUAGAUUGGGAUGUUCUAGUGAAAAGUGCUUCUCAAUUUGGGAUAAGCUUGCCGUUGAGUUAUUCGGAGCAGGACUUUGAUGAUGAAAUUUUCUUAUGUGUAGUACAUGACGCUAUUUUAAGGGCAAAGUUAAUCUGCCCACAAUGUAGCCAUAAAUAUUUGGUUUCUAAGGGAAUACCAAAUAUGAUAUCUAAUGAUUUAGUUUCUAAUGAUUAA